AUGUGGAUGACUACUGUGUCCCAGGAACGGCUAUUGGUUUUAUUCAAAGGACUGCCCUGCAUGCACGUUGAGUUCUGCAUCUGGUGGGCAAACGGAGUGCUUAUUGACAUCAACAUAUGCAGUGUGGUUAGGUUGAAGGUAUCGUGGGCAGGUCCUUUGACACCUUGCAUGAUGUCUGGCGUUAAGAAUAUUCGUUUACGCUCAUACCGAUCCCCUGAGUGCAUGUUUGGUACAUGCAGGAAGGUUUCGUGCUGCACAUUGUUUGUGUUUUGUGUGGCCAUCUUCGAUUGCGAAGUGUGGAAAGAGCGACUAUAG